ACUGUGUGUGAACAGAGUGAAACUGAUAAGACAGCCCCAGUCAACCCUUUGUGCUAGCUGCCUAUAUUACUUUUUCCUUUAUUUAACUAAAGCAGCGUGGGUAUUUGUGUGCCUUGGGAGGGCUCACAUACCUUUAAUGUUUUGUGUCUAGUCAGGCUUUUUUAUGUUGCAUUAAAAGUAUGCUUCUGAGCCCCUAUUUAAAAUAUUGGAAUGUGCAGCUUUUGGGCAGUGAGCAUUUGAGAUUAGUGGGGACCUGCUAAUUGUGAGUUUCUCUGCUGUGCAUUCUUCCAGUGCUCAGAGGAAAAUAAGUGAGACAGGGGGAAGACUGCAGCGCAAGUUAAGGCUGGAGAGUUCUGUUGCUACUAACGACAGGAGGUGCCCUGCGCUCCUCCUGAGAGUGUAAAGAGAAAGUAGGAGAUACAGUAGUGUUUGAGUCACACUGAAACGUCUCCCGGCACUGAGUAGUUAUACCAAGCAUUACAGGGAAACGGCUUGGUGGCUGGAGGAGAAACCAACAACCAGGUUUCAGCAAGUACUGCAUCACUUUGGCAUAAUGACAGCAGAAGAUUCUAUUGCUAUGAUGAGUAACGAUUCUUCCAACAUGUCAGCGUCAAAGAUCACAGAAGGAGUGGCUGGUGCACCAAAUGAGGCUGCUCUCAUUGCACUCCUGGAACGUACAGGUUAUGCGAUGGUCCAAGAAAAUGGACAGAGAAAAUAUGGAGGUCCACCACCUGGCUGGGAAGGACUUCAUCCUCCACGUGGCUGUGAAGUGUUUGUGGGCAAAAUACCCCGUGAUGUGUAUGAGGAUGAACUAGUUCCGGCAUUUGAAAGCGUAGGUAGGAUCUACGAAAUGCGUCUGAUGAUGGACUUUGAUGGAAAGAACCGAGGCUAUGCCUUUGUCAUGUACACACACAAGCACGAAGCCAAGAGGGCAGUUAGAGAACUUAACAACUAUGAAAUCAGGCCUGGAAGACUUUUAGGGGUUUGCUGCAGUGUAGAUAACUGCCGGCUUUUUAUUGGGGGGAUUCCGAAAAUGAAGAAAAGAGAAGAGAUUCUGGAAGAAAUCUCUAAAGUAACAGAAGGGGUUUUGGAUGUCAUUGUCUAUGCUAGUGCUGCUGAUAAGAUGAAAAAUCGAGGCUUUGCUUUUGUAGAGUAUGAAAGCCACAGAGCCGCUGCUAUGGCCAGAAGGAAGCUGAUGCCGGGAAGAAUCCAGCUGUGGGGCCACCAGAUAGCUGUUGACUGGGCGGAACCAGAGAUUGAUGUAGAUGAAGAUGUGAUGGAGACGGUCAAAAUUCUAUACGUGAGAAACCUGAUGAUUGAAACAUCCGAGGAUGUAAUUAAAAAGAUCUUUGGCCAGUACAAUCCUGGGUGUGUCGAGCGGGUUAAGAAAAUACGCGAUUAUGCUUUUGUGCAUUUCACAAGCCGGGAUGAUGCAGUCCAGGCCAUGAGAAACCUCAAUGGGACCGAACUAGAAGGCUCUUGUAUAGAAGUUACUUUGGCCAAGCCUGUUGAUAAGGAACAAUACACACGUUACCAGAAAGCUGCUAAAGGAGGGGCACCUGCAACGGUUACUCCCACAGAAGUCACUCAGCCUAGUUAUGUUUACUCAUGUGAUCCUUACACACUGGCAUAUUAUGGAUACCCUUACAAUGCCCUGAUUGGUCCCAACAGAGAUUACUUUGUGAAAGCCUCCAAUCUGUGGUCACAUGGUUCAGAGAAAAAUGAUCAGAGAAUCUUCCAAAUGGGAUGUCAAGCAUCAAUCACAGGCAGCAUAAGAGGCAGAGGGCGAGGUGCAGCUGGCAACAGAGCUCCCGGGCCCAGGGGCACGUACCUGGGGGGAUAUUCGGCUGGCCGUGGCAUUUAUAGCAGAUAUCAUGAAGGGAAGGGUAAACAGCAAGAAAAAGGCUUUGAAUUUGUACCCAACCUGGAAUUAACAGCGGUCAAUCCAGUUGCUCUUAAACCUGGUACAGUGGCCAUUCCCACCCUUGGCACCCAGUACUCCGUGUUUCAGGCUGCAUCAGCUGCCAAGUUGAUGGAAGAGGGUAAAAUCCAUGGGAUGGAGCACAUGAUCAAUACCAUCCCUUUGCAGACUGACCCCGCAAGUGCCGCCGCUGCCGUCCUUCCAUCUGUGUCAACACCUCCACCAUUUCAGGGCCGUCCAAUAACUCCAGUGUACACCAUGGCUCCAAAUGUGCAAAGAAUUCCUGCUGCAGGGAUUUAUGGUGCAAGCUACGUCCCCAUUGCGGGCCAUACUACAGCCACUUUAGCCACACUACAGAAGAAUGCCGCCGCUGCUGCAGCAAUGUAUGGAGGAUAUGCUGGCUAUAUACCUCAAGCUUUUCCUGGUGCAACCAUCCAGGUUCCAUUACAUGACAUCUAUCAAACAUACUAAGACUGUCAUCUCAAGAGGGGAGACAUACAAGGAACUCAUUAAUAUUUAUGAAGAAAAAAAAACUAAAAAUAUAUUCUUAGAAGAAUAUUUUAUAUAUGUGAAUUUUUUUCUGCAAAAAAGGCUAUUUUUAAGAUAUAUACGUUUGUUCAUACAUUUCUCCUUGGAUUUUUAUGCUUUAACCUUGUAGAAUUAUAUUAUGUGGUUUGGUUGCUUAGUUUCUUAAUAAUAUAUAAAUAAGCAACAUAUCUGGUAUAAAGGUGUGUUUUUGUUUAUUUUUUUUUAUACAUAUAGACGUACACAUCCUUUACUAUAUAGUAUAGUGUUUGUAUCCUGUUGUAUGCUGAAUACUUAAAUGUGUAUGUACAAGUACAUACAUGAGCAGCUAUAGCGUAAAAAGUAAAUAUUGCAUAUUUAAGAGGUAUAUGUAGAGUAUAUACAUGUUUUUUUGGAUGGUACCUUAUUUAUAAAGCUAUAGUGGAACAUCUUGGGAACAACUAGGAAAAUAUGGCUUCUGCUAUAAUACAUUUCAAACACUCUCAGUGAUAUAAUGGUAAGAGAAGAAUUUAGUGUCAAUGCGUUAUCUGUGUGAUGUCAGCAGAUUUCUUAGAACAAAGCUGCAAUGUUUCUAGUGUAUGUGUGUGUCACAGAGCACGUCUUCAUAGUGAUGUCAUGCUGCAGUUGGGAGGAGGCUGGUUAUUGAGUAGGAUUGGACGGACCACCUGGCUGGAUAGUGUAGCGGGUGUUUUACUUUUGUGAGACACCCCAAGAAUAAUCACAUUGCUGCAAAAGCUGGAAUACCACACCCUCUAUACUUGGACAGGGGGACCCCUCAGAUUCUGACCAAAUACACAAUGAUUUAUAUAAGGGCACAUCAAUAAAUGAAGUUACAAAGGCACACUGUAGAGGGUUGAAAAAUAGAUUGCACACCAUAAAUACACAAUGAUGUACACUAUAGAUGUAUUUAUUUGGUUAGUGACUUUCUGGUAUAAGAGGUAAAUAGUUUGGAAACUAUAAUGCCAGUCUUACCACGACCGAGCACAAUGGCAGCAGCUAUAUCCAUAGCUAAAGUAAUCAAUGCCAAUUUAUGCCUGAUGAAGAGCAAUAAUGCACAGUAGAAUUAUGUGGAGAAUUCAAUACAUGAAGCAACUUCUCUCAGUAAACAUUAGUAUUUUGAUUAUAGAAAAUGUUCAUGUACUACAUAUAGAUUUAUGUAACAAUUCUGAAAUUAAUCCCUUCUAUGAUGUGUUAUACUAAACUGGCAUGCAGUGGACACGUUAGUAUGUGGUGGACACUCUGACACUCGGUGGACACUCUGACACUCGGUGGACACUCUGACACUCGGUGGACACUCUGACACUCGGUGGACACUCUGACACUCGGUGGACACUCUGACACUUAGUGGACACACUGAUACUUGGUGGACUCUCUGACACUUAGUGGACACACUGAUACUUGGUGGACACUCUGACACUUGGUGGACUCUCUGACACUCGGUGGACACUCUGACACUCGGUGGACACUCUGACACUCGGUGGACACUCUGACACUCGGUGGACACUCUGACACUUAGUGGACACACUGAUACUUGGUGGACUCUCUGACACUUAGUGGACACACUGAUACUUGGUGGACACUCUGACACUUGGUGGACUCUCUGACACUUAGUGGACACACUGAUACUUGGUGGACUCUCUGACACUUAGUGGACACACUGAUACUCGGUGGACACUCUGACACUCGGUGGACACACUGACACUUGGUGGACACUCUGACACUUGGUGGACUCUCUGACACUUAGUGGACACACUGAUACUUGGUGGGCACUCUGACACUUGGUGGGCACACUCUCACAAUAGUGGUCCGUACUUUCCUACCCCGUUCCUGCAGCAUCCACCACUCUGUCAGAGCCAUAGGCUCCUCCUCCUGCUCUGCUGCACACAGUGGAAAAAACAAUGUUUUAUCGUUUUGUAAAAGAUAGAUGUUAGUGCCGUGUGCUCUUUGGAAGGAAAUGGUCAGAACCCUAUAACCAUUCAUCACUGGGAGCUUUGAUGGUCAGUAGAAUUUUAAACAAGUUGUUUAUUCCAUUACUAAGACCCCCUUGAGGUCUAGUAAACUUUUGGUGUAAAAUCUAUAAACUUUGCAGAAAACUAGUGGAAGCAGAUAAAGUGCACCAGUCACUUGGGUUUCAAAUUGGAAAUAAUCCAGUUGUGCCUAUUUAUCAUUUUGUGUUAUAUCUGAUUCUGCACACGUGUUUCUAUAUAGGUGUAUGGUGUAUAAUAGUAGUUAUUCAUGUUAACACAUACGUAUUCAGCAACAUUUACUAUGCAGUAUACAACUCAGGGGUUGCUCUUUCUUUUCUCUCCGGCCAGCUGUCCCGGUUGUGGUGUAUGGGGUAUAGCACAUAAGCAGCCAUUGGCCUGACUUCUUGUUCAUCUAUUCCUUCCGAGCUUGUGCUUUUAUUUAGCGACCUCUUGCUGCUUUGCUGCCAGCAGUUAUAUCCUGGGAAGUCUUAAAACUGGAUUAUUUUGGUCACUUUUUUUUAUCAUGUUUCUUAAAUUGCAUACUAUGGGUGUUGGGGGCUUUUAGUGUAACUAUGUGCCAGAUUCAGAGGUGGACGUAAGUGCUGUUUCUACCGAGAUCGAGCGCACAGUGGAUCUGCGGAAAUGUGCUAAUGCAGCAGCCCCUGUCUGCACAGGGAGGCCAACUGACAGUGUCUUUGAUGCAACGCCUACAUACAAAGACGCAACAUUAGGUACAUACUAGUUGCACCAUCAGUCAUUUGAGCUACUCUUUGAUCAGAAUGACCGCCACUGGUAAGUCGCUGGAUCUCUUACAACGGCAUACAAAUCCACAGUCGCAGGCUCCGACACGUCUCUGAAAUGGUGAUGACAUGACUACGUUUUUAAAGCCACUCCCCGUUAACUUUCACAAACGGUCACUACAUGUCACUCACUUUGCAAAUAAAUUCUCACUGCGUCCGUCAUCGCUAAUUAACUGCUGCAUGUGCGCAGUGCGACUAACGCAUGCACAGUCAGAAAAAAACGCUCAGCUGGGCAAACAUCAGCUCAGCAGCCACCUUUGAAUCAGGACCUAUGACCUUUGGUCUGCCAGAAGGGUGAUAUCAUCAACCAAUUGCUGAGCAGUAGGGAUGCUGCACUCUUCUGAUUGCGAAGGGCAUAAGACAUAGAGCUGGUUUGUGUACAGAUGUAUUUCUUUAUAGUUUUAUUUUAGAUAUCAUGCAUUUUUGCCUGGUCUCAGAGCUAAUACAUUUUUAUUGUAAUGUUCUAAGACAGGUUUUUAUUAUGUUAGUAAGUCAUUAUAUUGUUGCAGUGUUUUCGUUUUGUUUGUUUUUUUGAUGGCCUGUUUAAAGGCUUUUAGAACAAUAUUUAAGAUGUUUUAACAUUUUGAGUGAAUGCAGCAAUAUCUCGUAUCUAGGUGUUUCACAUUAGUAACACAUCAUGUUGUGCCAUAUUUCUGUGUUGAAGUAACAAACGGAAUACGAUGGAAAUAUCUUUUUUUAUGUUUAUUUAUUUUUCUCCACAAUUAGCUCUUUGCUGAAUGUUUGUGCUAUUAUAGCACAUGGCCAUACAUGUAAACUCUGUUUCUUUGCUGCAGCAACUUAUACAGGUGAUCAGAUGGAAUCCUGAUCAUCUACGACACUUUAGAUAUUCUUUUAUUGCUCAGUGUAGUACAGUUGUGUUCUAACUCCUAAUUAUGGUAAACUGGGAGCUGGGCAGAUUUCAACACUGGAGAAUACUCAUGCCUGUUAUGUGCCUAAACUUUGGUAAAAAUGUUUUAUGUUUAUAUGUACCUUUAAAAUCUACUAACACAAAGCACUCCUACCGGAGCCCACAAGGAAAUACUAUGGCAUGUUUUUUUUACUUGUAAUAGUGCACAUCAGACAGGAUUGUUGAUGCUGCGUAGAGUAUAGGAAAACAAGUAAAGCACAUAUGUUGUCCAACUUAAUGGGCCAGAUGAACCAGAUGCUUUGAUAUAUCUAAGUAGGGCUUUAGGGGGUCAUUCCGAGUUGAUCGCACCAAGCAACUUUGUGCUGCUGGUGCGAUCAACUAAGCUCCGCCUAUGGGGUUAGUGUAUUUUAGCAUAGCAGGGCUGCGAUCGCUUGUGCAGCCCUGCUAUGUGUAAAAGAUUUGUGUAAAAGAAGACCAGCCCUGGACAUACUUACCCUGUGCGACGAUCUCAGCGAUGAUGGGGCCGGCUUUGACGUCAGACAUCCGCCCUCCGUUGUCCUGGACACGCCUGCGUUUUCCUUUCCACUCCCCGAAAAUGGCCGCCAACGGACAGGUGACACCCCGGAGCGCCUUCCUUCUGUCAAUCUUCUUGCGGUCAGCUCUGCGACCGCUUUCUUAGUAACCAGCGUCAUUGCCAGACGACAGGGGUCACCGGGCAACGACGCGCAUGCGCAAUGCGCACGCCGCGCAUGCACAUUACAGACCCGUUCGCACCGCAGCGAAGAACCUAUGCGUGCGAACGGGUCAGAAUGACCCCCUUACUUAUGUGGCAUUUUGUGUGUCAAAGUGACAAUAUUAUUCUUACUAUUAAGUGAAGAAAUGAGGCUGUGAUCAUGUUGGUAUUAUGCUUGGGUUAGUAUUGUAACACAAAGUAUUUAUGGAAUUUUAUAACAUCUUUAUUUAUUGAUAAAAGUAUAUUAUCUAGCAGAUCAGAAUACAUUUACAGAGCUAUGUUUUUGGCAGUGUGCUUAUGUUAACAGUAAAAUAAGGACACUGCUGUCCAGUUUAGUGAUGAGAUUGGCCAUUGUGCGGCUCAUGUAGAGUGGGAUGGACUGUGCGCCUACAUAACAAAACAAAAUGCAUCUUAAUUGCAAAUGUGAAAUGCGUGUAAGUCGGCAUUCAUAUGAAGUUUUCUGUGUGUGCAUGCAAAGUUGAAAAAAGAUGCCAAUUUUGUUUUACAUGGUAUUCAUAUUUUGUUUGCAGUUGAGUGUCUGGCAUUGUUCUCAGUUAUCAAUCAUUUUCUGGCUUAGAGACAGUGGUCAGUACUUCAGUAGCCUUCUAAUAGGAAACCUUUCAGUGUUGGACUGGGGCACGAAUGUAGUAAUAGGAGCCCAUGCUUAGGGGUGUGGUCAUCCACCACAGAGGCAUGGCUAACUGUUAGAGAUUGUAUGAUAUGGGUCCCUUUACAAAUACAUUUAGUUUAUACUGCUAGAGUCCUAUGGAGUGUAAUGUAACUUAUGCAUAAUGUAUAAUUCAAGUGCACAGUCUAAAACCUGAUCCCUAGAGGAGAAGGUGGGCCCUCAGGCAGUAGGGCCCACCGGAGAUUUUCUCUGUACCCCUAUGGGCCAGUCAGACCCUGAAGCAUUUAAUUAAUAGGAUAAAAACAUCUUCCUCAUGAAAGAUCACUAUAUAAAUAAAUGUGUGUGUGUGUGUGUGUGUGUGUGUGUGUGUGUGUGUGUGUGUCUCUGAUAAGAUAGGGGCAACUGAUCCCUGUGGUGGUAUGUUCAGUUCAUGCAAUAAAAUGGACUAGCUUCCUGUGAUCCUGUGUGAUCAGUCUGUGCUUACUGAUGUCGGCCUGUGCUGAAAGCAUCUGUGCUUACUGAUGUCGGCCUGUGCUGAAAGCAUCUGUGCUUACUGAUGUCGGCCUGUGCUGAAAGCAUCUGUGCUUACUGAUGUCGGCCUGUGCUGAAAGCAUGAAGCUGCAACAAAUUCUAGAAGCAUACUAGUAAAGAGAGGUUUGAAUAAGGACUGACAUUGCAUUUAAAUGGCUUUUCUCAUCAAAUAUAUGUUUGGAACUAGCUGGAGUAAGUCAUAAUACUCUGAUAUAACUGAAUUAAAUGUGCGACGUGUUGGCCACUGGAAGCUCUAUGAAAUGGAUACCUAAAACUCUUCUAAGUAAAUAUGAUUAAAGGUGCAGUUUUACUUGCUCUAAAACCAUUUCAUGUACACUACUGAAGUAAGAUUUAUUUGUAUACAUAUAUAAACUUGAAGUGUGAGCUUAUUUUGCUUUAGAACAAAAUACACACAAGAAAUGGGGAAAUAUGUGCCUUAUUUUGUUUUCAUAAAGUGUUGACUUUUAGGAGGAUUUUUUUUUAAGAUACAGGUAUUUGUGUUUCCAAAAGCCCUUAUGUUCAAUGUGAGCUUGUUGCUAUAUUUGCUAUGUAUUUCUAGUGUGUAGAAAAAUAAAGCAUUCUUUGAAACUA